GCGCGCUCGACAGACGGCCGACAUGGGGCCGCCCGUUACGAUUAAAGUGAACUUCCGGGGCAACGUGAAGAGGUUUCUGGCUCAGGAUCUGGACAAACUGGAGUGGGAGUCCGUGGAAGCCUGGAUCAAAGCGUCUUUCGGGAUCAACCACUUUCAAGUGAAAUACUUCGAUGAGGAUAAUGAAGAGAUUUGUAUAAACAGUCAAGAUGAAUACGAAGAAGCCAUCAAGAGCGCAGAGAAGCAGGGGAACCAGUUGCACAUGAACGUGUACAAGAUGAAAGGUCAGGCCUGCGGCGGCCCGCUGAAGACGGAGGUGAAGGAGCUGAAGGGAGACCUGAGGCCUGCGCCUCCUUAUCCAUCGAGGGUCAAGACGGUGGACAAGGGCACACAGGUCACCCCGGAGAGGGAAGCUGUCCCGGUAAAAGACAACAAGGGGAACAAGCCAGAAGACGAGCCCCCUCCAAUGUGGUUUAGAUCAUACAUGGAGAAGUUUAAAGACGAGGUGGUGAAAGAGGUGGUUGAGAGGAUGUGCAACGACUUCUCUGGCCAGUGUUGCACCCACAAGUCAUCCGACGGUCCCCUCGAGGCCACCGAGGCGGUCUGCGGUCCCAUCGGGCCCCGGCCGGGCCCCUCCAUCGCGGCUGGAUCCCUCGGCUACACCCCGAACUGCAGCAGCUGCAACAAACUCACCUCCGAAGGGGCGUACAAGUGCAGUGUGUGCCCGUCCUGCAUCCUGUGUGAGAUGUGCAGACACAGCCACGACCCCAGCCACAACCUCGUGAGAACCAAGACGCCCCUCUCCAUCCCUGAGCAUGGAAUGACGGGAGAGUUAAGGUUCCCGAGGCGAGGAGACAGGACGGUGCGCAAGGCCGAGCGCCAGCGCCUCAAAGCCGAGAGGAGGCAGCUCCGAGCCGAAGUGAAGGAAAUCAAGAAGAAACUGAGACUGGAGAAGAGGGGAAUGCCGUGGAGCGGGCCCUCCACCUCCGGCAGAGCCAACCUGACAACAAACAUGGCGUCCGCGUCCACGCAGGUCCCGGCCCCGCCCCCACCCGCCGCCUCAGACACAGCCUCAGGUCCAGCCCCAGCCCAAGGUCCCGCCCUUGCCCCGGUCCCCGAUCCCCAGGCCUCCAGUCCAGAGGGUCCCGGGGUCUCGCACACGUCUUUGGUUCCCACUAUGGCCGCCUUCUUUCUGGAUGAAAAUCUGCCGGACGGCACCCGUCUGGAGCCGGGAACCAAGUUCAUCAAGUACUGGAAGAUGAGGAACUCGGGCACUAUCAGCUGGACCUCAGAGACCAAGCUAGUGUUCAUGUGGGGGAACCUCGGCCUGGCGUCGGAGGGGAGGCGCGAGGUGCCGGUCCCCUUGCUGCUGCCGGGACAAGUGGGCGUGGUCAGCGUGGCGUUCGUCGCUCCCGUGCUUGAGGGCACGUACACCUCCCACUGGCGGCUGGCGCACUGCGGCUGUCAGUUCGGCCCGCGCGUCUGGUGCAGCAUCGUGGUCGCCCCCGGCGACGGCCGCGGCGCUCUCGGGCUUCAGAGCAAACGACCGAAGGAGGAGGAGCAGGAGGCAAGGACCCAGGACAGCGGCCCCGGUCUGCCCAUAGACCUGAACCACGAGGACUACUACUUCCCCUCGGUCGACCUGCUGACUGCACAGGAUCUGCUGUCGUUCGAGUUGUUGGAUAUAAAUAUCGUGCAAGAGUUGGAGAAGGUUCCUAACAACACACCUGAAGAUCUGACUCCCUGCAUAUCCCCUCUGCCCCAUGAUGCACCUGUGCUGGAGAAGGCCAUCAUCGCACGGAUUAAAGAAGAAGCCGAGGUCAUGGGGGUCAGGAAGCUUUUUGGAGUCAAACUGAGGCCGCGGAGGGAGCUGCUGGAGCCUGUGACCCAGGAGGAGGACCGGGAGGAGGAGAUCAGCGGGGCCCAGUUCCUCUGCGAGACCGUCAUCCGCUCCCUCACCUUGGAGGAGGCCCCCGAUCACAGACCCCCCCGCUGGGUCCAACACAGCAGCCACAGACCACAAGUUGUUUCCCGGGGAACCAGCUUCUGCUUGGAGAGAGCCGUCAAGGUGGAGAAGACGGAGACGGUGCAAGAAGGAAGUGAGGAGAUCUGCGCCAUUGGACUUGAAAGUUCAGCUCUGCCUCUCAGCCAGGUCGCCCAGGAAGAGGAGACGAGGACAGUUCAUCUGCCGGAACCAGCAACUGGAAACCUGCAUGUCAGUUCACAGCCCGCUAUCGAGGACGAAGAGGUCCCGGUCCUGGAGGACGUGCAGAGCGUGAGGGACGUUCACGAGGAGAAAGAGGAAGGCGGAGCCAAAGGAGAGGACUGGGAGGAGGUCAGCAGCCAGACCUCCUCGGUCUCCUCCUGCGAGGAUUACAUCAUUGUCCUCCCAGACUGCUUCGACACCAGCCGGCCUCUGGGCGAGUCCAUGUACAGCUCGGCCAUGUCGCAGCCCGACGAUGCUGCAGCCGACGUGACCUCAGCCGAGCCGGACGUAGAGCAGCUAGAGGAGGAAGAGGAAGAGGAGGAGGAGGAAGAAGAAGAGCAACAAGAGGAGGAGGAGGAGGAGGACGAUGACGACGACGAUGAGGAGGAAGAAGAGGAUGAAGAGGAGGAGGAGGAGGAAGAAGAAGAGGAGGCGGAGUCUGACUCCGAGUUGGCGCCGCUGAGAGAGAGGCAGCAGGAGGCGCCGCCCGUGACCGCGUGGCCUCCGGCCGUCCCGCCGAGCCACAGCAGCGUGAACCAGAUGCUGUGCGCCUCCCAGACGCUCGACGCCGUGACGCUCACGCCCGAAGUGGUUCCGCCGCCGCCGCCGCCGGUGCUGCCCGACCUCCUGGCGCCCCCGCCGACCCUCUACUCGCCCAGGUCUGAGGCCCUGUACCUGGCUGAGGACCCGAGUCCUCCGGCCUGCGAUCCGUACGAGCCGCACCAACCACGGGUCCACCUAAAUGUAUCAUCUGGUCUGUCGAGAUCAGCCGGCUCAGCAUCCAGUGCCUUUGAGACGUACAACCCCAGACCCGGCAACGCUCUGCAGCCGAGGGGCCAAGGAGGCAUCACGGAGGGACUCGUCAAGGGGGCCCUUUCUGUGGCAGCGUCCGCCUAUAAAGCCCUCUUCACUGGGCCAAACUGCUCCAUACAGCGAGGCAUCGACCCGGCCACCAGGCAGGACCCCUCCCUGAUGGCCAUGCUGCUGGAGAUGGGCUUCAGGGACCAGCGGCUCAACCAGCAGCUGCUGAGGAAGCACGGCUACAGCCUGCUGCACACCGUCAACGAGCUGGUGCAGAUGGCCGAGGACGGCCAGAGCAGAGCGGUCAACGUUCAGCACUGAGGGGGGGGGGGGGGGAGGAAGAUGAUGACGAUGAUGAAGAAGAUACAAAAAAAUGGCUACUGUAAAAGGGUUUGAACAUAAUGUAAAGAUGAUUUUUAGAUUACAACCCGCGUAUCUCUCUCACCCUUUUUUUUUUUUUUUUUUUUUUUUUUUU